GCGGCUUUUUCACAGGAGAGUGGUAAUUGAGGUGUGUUGUUAGUUAUGUCGGGGGACGGCUUGGGGGAAUACUUAAAGCAGCUUGAACAAGUUUCUGUUGCAUUGACACUAACUCCAGACAAUGAAGAGCUCAAGCAGCUAGCAUCAAGUUUAAAGGAGCUGAUCGAGCUGACAGAGCAGCAUGAAGAUGAAGACCCACAUACCGAGCAGCCUGCAAACGGAUGGGAAGACAAUGCUGCAUCAAGAUCUCUGGAUGAUGAGAUGGCUCUUUUUCAGUCGGAGAUUGCGGCAGUGGAGCGGGCCGACGAUCGGGAUCUGACCAGCUCCGAGGCCGACUCGCCAGAUGGCGACACUGAACAGCCGCCAGAGGGCGCUGACGACCAGCGGCGGCAGACUGCCGAGGAGCUGAAGGCAAGCCUCCAGGGUUUGGUCGGCGCCCGGUGCAGCGCGCCCUUCACCCAGGCCUGGGGCCAGCUCGAGUACCACGCCGCCAUUGUGGAGGCCGUCGACGACGCCAGCCUGGAGGACGCCCUCUCGGCCGAUGACGUCAAGGUCCGGGUAUUAUUCAGCCAUCCCACGCAGCGAGUCAUGCAGCCCUGCAAGUACUACAUGCGCCACACCUGCGACUACGGGGAUGAAUGUCGGUUCUCUCACGGCCACCUCGUUUCCGUGUGCGACAUCAGGGAGUACAGUGACGCCGUGUCCGGUCUGUCGCCGGGCGCCGCCGUGCUGGUGCGCCGCGACGCCGACAGCGGGCUCUGGCAGCGCGCUGCCCUCCUCUCGCUGGAGCCGGAGACGGAGCAGGCGGCCGUCCGGCUCGGCGGCGACGGUCGCCACCGCCAGGUGCCGCUUGCCGAGCUGGUGCCGCUGCCCGGAGCCCAGCCCGGACAAGGUGGCGGCGGGGACGUCAGCAGCUCGGACAGCGAGGACGGGAGCGCGCCGGAGCCUCGGUCCGCCGGCGACCCGGACCCGGAGGAGGCAGAGUUCUGCCCGCGUGUCACCUGGGAGGACAUCGCCUCCACGGGCCAGCUCGGCUCCUGGGAGAAGCACACCAAGGGCGUGGGUUCGCGGCUGCUGCGCCAGAUGGGCUACGUGACAGGCACCGGGCUGGGCCCGCUGGCCGACGGCCGGGUCGAGCCGGUCGAGGCGCGCGUCUACCCGGCCGGCCGCUCUCUCGAUCACUGCAUGGCGCUGCGGGAGGGCGGCGCCGGCUGUCUGCUGACCGUGGAGCGCCGCCUGGAGCGCGAGCAGCGCCGCCAGGAGAAGAUCGGCCGGAGGGCGCAGCGGCCCGGCCGGGGGCACGCCGCCAUGUUCGACGUGAUCAACCGCGCCACCGGGACGCCUGACCACGGAUCGGAGCCGGCGGCGGAGGACGGCCCGGUACGUUCCGCCUCUCGAGCCGAGCUCAACCUGCGUGACCUGCGCGUCGGCGAGCAGAUCCGGGACGUGGAGCGACACAUCGCGCGCCUCGAGGCCGGCUGGCGACGUAACGCUGGCGGCGCGCUGGGCGCUGACCUGCGCGCGCGGCUGGACGGCCAGCGCCAGCGGCUAGCGGGUCUGCGUUCCACCGAGCGCAGCAUCCAGGCCGAGAAGCGGCAGCGCACCGGCAGCAAGCGGCUCGACGUGUUCUGAGGCGGCCGGACGUGUUGCGAGGCGGCCGGACGUGUUGUCCGGCCGCAGACAGUGUCGCGAGGCGGCCGGCUGGGUUUUAGGACUGUGGGACGUGUUGCGAGGCGGUGGGUGGCGUGCUGGCGGGGUGGUGGGCGGCCACGGGCGACACGACCGUCAGUGCUGCCGCGACGUGACCGGGAGUCGGUCCGUCCCAGAGCCCUCAUCUUCGUCAGCGGCUGCCGAUGGCCGUCUGUCGACUAGCUGUGUGGGAGUGGCCACCGCCGCUCGGCGGCACUGACAGCUGCGUGACGCACGGGAUGUGACGCGCUCACAUGAGCUCUCGGCGCCACACGGCACGCCCGUGUUUUGUAGGUACGCGGAAUACAGGGAAACAGAAACUUCAGGCUGGGUACCAAACUUCGCCCUGGAAUGUGCUAUACACCAGUUGUGCGGCGCCUGCACGGAUGCCUGGCGUUUGCAACAUUACUUGCGCAACAAAGAGGAGUGUAUAUUCGUGUCACGGGCGUAUUAGUCUCAUUGCACUCAGUUUUGCAUUGUUCUGACCGCAUGGUUUUGUAUUGUGUCAUAUAUUUAACAUGCAAGACAACAAAGAUUCUCUAUGAUUGA